CCAACCUAAUCCACAGCCAUGUCUGACUCUGCCUCCGCUCCCGACAACGACUACGUCUCCCGUCCUGGCCAGUCCGAGAUACCCGUCGAGAAGGACUCCGACACUGUCGAGUCAGGCGUGAACCCGGAGACUGAAGACUCCGAUGCUCAACUCGAGAAGGAUGAUGCCGAUGCCAUCAACAAGGAAAACAUCAUCGAUGAGCGCACCCGUGGUGCUGCCAAGGAGACCUACCGCGAGCCCGGCGACACUGAGGGUCUGCCCACUGAUGACUAGAUGGGCAUCACGACUGUUAUGAUAGAGAUAUUUCUUUUGUAAUGAUACCGAGCUUGUGUUAUGAUGAUAGUAUUGCACCAAUAAUGAAGAAUUUGGAACUGCACCUCAAUAAUGUGAUUGUACAUGUAGACCUCG